AUGGCGGACAACGGCCUCAGCGCUGAGGAUGCGGCCUCGCAGCGGGCGGCGGAGCAAGCCAGACUCAGAAAAGAGCGUCGAGAGGCCAAGAUUCGUGCUGGAGGUUCUGCGAGGCUCAACAGGAUUACAGGUCUUGGAGGUGGCGUUGAAAAGGCCCCCGCGAACAUCCCGAAUACCCCCGGUAUGGAUACUAUCUCUCAGGAAGACCUCACGCGACUCAUGCUCGGCAUCGACCGCCCCGGCGAAGGCACCGAGUCCCCUCCGGACCCCCUGGGGUGCUCCCCUAGCGAUCCCUUCGCAGCCAUGAUGCAACAGAUGCUUGCUGGCGGUGGGCUCAACGGCGCCGGUAACCCGUUUGCGCAGAUGGCCCCCGGCAUGCAGCCGGCUCCCGCCCAACCUGCCUCCAAGGCAUCGUCCAUCUGGCGUAUCCUCCACGCUCUCUUUGCCAUCUCCCUCGGCCUAUAUGUUGCGCUCUCAACGCCGUUCCGGGGCACAAAGGAAGAGCGAGAGCUUAUCGUAGCGGACGCCGUCUCGGAGGAGUCCAAGCGCUUCUUCUGGAUCUUUGCAAGCGUCGAGGCUAUGCUUCUUACUACCCGAUUCUUCGUGGAUGGCGGCCGCUAUACACCAACCGGUAUCCUCGGAAUGGUGAUGGGCUUCCUACCCCCAAGACGGCGGGAUAUAUUGGGACCGUGA